AUGGCAUCUUUAACAAAACAACCCAAACCAGUGCUCUAUGAUGACCAUAGCCUGGAAAUUCUCCGAGCACAAAAAGGAACAGCCGCCAUCUCAAUGAGCGUUAUGUGGCUCACAGCAACCACCGUCCUCGCCCUCGUCAACUCGAAUAAUUUGACCGUAAUUAACCCGUCGGGGCAAGAAGUAGCAAGCACAGCCGCAGUUGUUAUAUUUGGUGUGACGCCUUUUGUCUGGGCCGGCUCGUUUUUGACAUGGACAUUGAACCUGGGUGAUAUAUCGUGUGCUAGGCGGAAUAACUCGCUUUUGGGGGGCACUGUUGUCCCUAGUAUCGUGUUGAUGUAUAUCAUACUGGCGGUGCCGGAGCCGUCGUUUCGAGAGUAUGUGUGGUAUACGUUUUGGCCGACGCAUGCUGGCUUGGGGCUUGGGGCUUUGCUAUAA